AUGCACGUUCCGCAUCCUGAAUUCAAACAACCGUAUAAUUACACAUCACAUUUGACAAGAUCUUAUUCUUAGGUUUUAUUAUUAUUUUUAUUUUAUUGUUAUUUCCAUUACCUUUGAGCGUAAUCAUCGUGCCGUCUGGUCCCGGUAUAGGCGGCCGGUCCAGGAAUAACGUCAUAAUGGUAGUGAGCCCAAGAUCGUUCUGGUUUAACACCCAGUGAUUUAUUUUACCAUCUAUACUGACGCUGAAGAACGCCAGGUUUCCCUCUUCUGUAUCCGGCGCCCAGCGAAUCUAAAUAGAAUGAGUUAAAAAGCCAAACUUCUUUAUAAAUGCCUUAAAGUAUGGAAGAUAGUGGAAUUGAUAGUGAUCCUAAAACUGUUAACCAUGUGGAAGAUGAAAGACUCUUUUUGGGUAGUGAUAGCAGUUGCAGCAGUAACCACACGCAAGCUUCACAACGGAAUACAACCAAACAGUUGCAAAAGAAACUUGAGACACGUAUUGAACAGGCAAAACGAAUUCAACGCAAUUCAGAUUAUAUAAAGCUUCCAAAAUAUGACAAUGAAAAUACAAGUAGUACUAGUUCUACUGGAUUGAUAUCAAUCCAAAGAUUGCCUAUACCGCAUAAGAAUAAGGAGCACCUUCCUCUAGUCGAAUACUGGCAUAGUGAAAGUGAAAGUGAGGAUGAACUGACUCUCUUUCCUGCAAAAUCUAAGGAUCCUUCAAAGCACAAACAAGAUCUCACGGAUACGUUUAGCAUUGGAGAGUUAAGCGAUGAAAGUGAGGACUCUUUGAAUCUGGAUCCAGCGCAGCCACCACAUCCAUUUAUGCGAACUUAUGUACCUAGUGGAUGUUUUGCUUGCCAUUGCCAUAUAUUGUAAUAUAAUAUAGUAUCUCCAUUGAACUGAUUAUUCAUUCAAACUGAUUAUUAUUUAAGUAAUAAUAUGUUGUUGAACAAAGAGAGAGAGUACAGAUAUAUUUGUGA